CCCAGGGCGCUGAAAUCCUGUUGUCUUUAUCCCCCGAUGGGAAUCGCAGCUGGAAUGAUCCUUUCUCUGUAAAGCAGCCCGAGCUCCGCCUGCCUGCUUGUGCCUCGGCAUGUGAGCAGGAUCCCAUUUCACAGACGUGCUCUUGCCCUGCGGCUGAUACUCAGGUGGCUCUCUGUGACCUCUCCCCCUGCCUCCACCUUUCCCCAUGUGAUCUGAUCUCCCUCAGAAACUCCUCCUCCUUCCCCUCUACUGCUUCCUCCUCCCCUGGACUUUCCUAUGAGGUCACCAGCUGCUCCCUGGCUCCUCCCCUCUGCAUCCCCUGGCUGUUGCGGGCCGUGGCUCCGCCUCCCCUGUAGAGAGUCCGCUCCUCGCGUUCAUUUCAUUCCUCUUCUCAUUCCGAACAUUCUUAGCAUCGCUCGCGCCGCACAAGCCCAUUCGAAAGCCCAGCCCGCCCUGCCGCCACCGGUUUGGGGGCAGUAACUAAUCACUUGAAGGGCUUCAAUAAUCCCGCAAGCCAACAAGCUGUAGAGCCCAGACACACACACAAAUUUAAGAGAUUUUUCAAAUAACAAUAACAGCAAUAAUAACAACAGCAAGCAAAAACACCAAGGCUAGAAAUUAAGCAAGCAAAGUCCCCAGGGGAAGCUGGAAGAAGUUUGCAAUUGAAUUGCAAAAGGCUGGUGGUGUUUGCAAAGGUGGGGAGUGGAGUGGAGAGCUGCUGCUGCUGCUACUACUGCUGGUUAAUUGCACAUUCAAGUGGAAAAUUUUCCGGAGUCAGCAGAAACAUUGUAUCCAAAAAAAGACAAAAGUCGCAGUUACAACAAAACCCGGAGAUUGUCCCUGGAAAACUUGCUUUCGAUUUAUUCUCUUAAAGCCUCCAGGCUAAGGCUUGGAGAAACCAGCCAUCACCAUUGAGCCCAGCAGCUGGAGCGGCAGCGAGAGCCCUGCCGAGGACAUUGAAAGAAUGAGUGAUUCUGCAGAUAAACCUAUUGACAAUGAUGCAGAAGGUGUCUGGAGUCCAGAUAUCGAGCAGAGCUUUCAGGAGGCACUAGCCAUAUAUCCUCCUUGCGGGAGGAGGAAAAUCAUAUUGUCUGAUGAAGGCAAAAUGUAUGGUAGGAAUGAACUGAUAGCCAGAUACAUCAAACUUAGAACGGGAAAGACACGGACCAGGAAACAGGUGUCUAGUCACAUACAGGUCUUAGCAAGGAAGAAAGUUCGAGAAAUUCAAGCCGCCAUUAAGGUGUCUAGUCACAUUCAGGUUCUUGCCAGAAGGAAAUCUCGUGAUUUUCAUUCCAAGCUGAAGGAUCAGACUGCAAAGGACAAAGCACUCCAGCACAUGGCAGCUAUGUCAUCAGCUCAAAUAGUAUCUGCAACAGCGAUUCACAAUAAGUUGGGCCUCCCAGGAAUUCCCCGUCCUACGUUUCCUGGAGCACCUGGAUUUUGGCCAGGGAUGAUACAAACAGUGCAGCCUGGAUCUUCACAAGACAUAAAGCCAUUUGUCCAGCAAGCCUACCCUAUACAGCCGACAGUCACGACUCCUAUUUCAGGGUUUGAACCUGCAUCAGCUCCAGCGCCCUCAGUUCCAGCUUGGCAAGGUCGAUCUAUUGGAACAACUAAACUCAGAUUGGUGGAAUUUUCAGCUUUUCUGGAACAACAAAGAGAUCCAGAUUCUAAACACCCUUUAUGGAUGAUGCUACCACUCUGGUCUAUAAGUGAAGACUGGAAAAGUUUUCCAAUUGUACUUGAAGAUACCAUGAUUAAGUAUAACAAACACCUCUUUGUGCACAUCGGACAUGCCAACCAUUCUUACAGUGAUCCAUUGCUAGAAUCAGUGGACAUUCGUCAGAUUUAUGACAAAUUCCCUGAAAAGAAGGGUGGCUUGAAGGAGCUGUUCGGAAAAGGACCUCAGAAUGCCUUCUUCCUAGUAAAAUUUUGGGCUGACUUAAAUUGCAACAUUCAAGAUGAUACAGGAGCAUUCUAUGGUGUAACUAGUCAGUAUGAGAGCUCAGAAAACAUGACAAUCACCUGUUCCACCAAAGUCUGCUCAUUUGGAAAGCAAGUCGUAGAAAAAGUAGAGACUGAAUAUGCCCGGUUUGAGAAUGGCCGGUUUGUGUUUAGAAUAAACCGCUCUCCAAUGUGUGAAUAUAUGAUCAAUUUUAUCCACAAGCUCAAGCAUUUACCAGAAAAAUAUAUGAUGAACAGCGUGUUGGAAAACUUUACAAUUUUGUUGGUUGUAACAAACAGGGACACACAAGAAACCCUACUUUGCAUGGCUUGUGUAUUUGAAGUUUCAAACAGCGAACACGGUGCACAGCAUCACAUCUACAGGCUUGUAAAGGACUGAACACUUAUUUAUAGACACGUUUCAUAACUCCUUAUCAAAAGACAGACUGUCAACCUCAACACUACGUGGCGUUCCUCUGGCUGAGCUUUCUCCUACAUUUUUCUAAACCUCAUUUUAGUGUCUGAAUAUAUAUUGUAGCUGUGAAAUUCUGGUACAGUUGUACAAAUUCUUUCUAAAACAAAGUGUUCUUCAAAUUUAUAAAACCACCGUUCCUUGGGGAGACUAUAUUUAAGAAUUUCAAGGCCUUUGUGGAAGUUCUAAUUUUUGUUGUUGUUGUGUUGGAAAAAUCUAUGACAGAACAUUUGCCAUGGGAAAACUUAACAGCAAUUAUAAGAGUUUAUGAGGUGUUUUGUCUAAAUUAAUAAAAAAUGUUUUUAAUAUGCUAGUGAAACUGAAAUGAAUUUUAACUAUAAGCAUAAAUUAGCACAGAAAUUCUUUUUAGAAUUAUCUUCAUAAAUGGUUACUGUGGACGUUACAAACGAAUGUAAUUCACUAAAUUAUUUUAUAACUACAACUCAAUUUCUGUUUGAAGCCAAAUGACAAACAUAGCCUUAAGAAAUGCCUGAUGGGAGUAAAUAGGCCCUAAAAGUAGGCAAAAAUGUUAUUUUUCUUCCCUCUAUAUUAAACUAACUUUCUAAUCCAUUGAACUUUUCAAGCAGGUAUUGCAAAGCGAGAAGACUUCUCCCUUUUACUAAUUAUAUCUAGUGCAUUAAAAAGAUAUAAAGUAUUGUACUAAUAAGGACAUUUGAUUAUUUAAAAAUGGCUCGUUUUGCAAUAACUAGGUAAAUACUGAAAAAUUAGACUUACGGUGUAUGUAAUCUUGUGUGUGUGGUUAUAUAUUAUAUGAACUGUUUUGUUUUGUUUUUUCCUAAUGACUCAAGAAUUUGCAACACCAAAAUUAGUUACAAGCAAAUGUAAAGGGGGGGUAAGUGACUGCUGAAAUACAAUUAAACUGUCAGCUGAAAACCACAAAAAAGAACUGUGGUUGAGAUGAUAAUAGGUAUACAAUCAAAAGGUUCAUCUGUUUUUAAUGUCUUUAAAAUGCUAGAAAAUCGCAAGCAUCACCAGGCAAAAAAGACAGUUAUUACCUAAUGGCAGGCUUACAUUACUUGUGAUUCACCAAGCUGAGCACAGACUAAUGACCAUGUAUGGCAGCCCAUCAAGGUCUUGAUGGACAUACAAAGCUGCCUUAUUCCGAAUCAAAUCCAUUGGUUCAUCUAGUUCAGUACUGUCCACACUGACUAGCAGCACUGCUCCAAAGGCUCAAGAAGGGGUCUUUCCCAUCCCUACUUGGAGAUACCAGGGACUCCAUGCAAAGCACGUGCUUCCCACUGAGCUACAGCCCAACUGAAAUAAAUCUUCUCUUUCAGCUUGCCUGGAAAUGCAAAAACAGGAAGGUUGUCAAUGCACUUGGCAGAUCACAAUGCAUAUAUGUAUGUGACUUGGUAGAUCACAAGUUGUGUAGGCCCAUCUUAAUGGGAUUUGUUUACCCAAUCCCAUGAAGACUCUUAAUAUUAAAUGGCUUCAAAAUAAGAGUUUACAUUAGACCAUAUUGCCAAUUCCUAUAUUCCAUUUUGAGACUGCUUAGACUACUUUAGCAUAUCCCUUCCCUCGCUGUUCAAACAUUUGGUGCUCCUAAGAACAAGUGAAGAAGUUUAUUUUAUAAGCAUAUAAAUAUAUUAUUACUACAUAGGGUUUAAUUUCCUUUCAGAGGCAGCUUUCGUAAAUAUAUGUUCUUGCCCUACAUGAUAAAGGCCGAAAAGUGUCUUGGAUCAGGUUCAUAUUGGUAAAUUUUAAGCUAUAAAUGGUACAUAUCCAUAAUUCAUAAAGUACAUACAUGCUGUAAAUCAAGUGUGGGUAGACUUCAGGCUUGUUGGGUCUACUUUGUUUUUUUACUACAUAGUUUGAAUAAAGAACAGAUUGCCACCAAGCGCAUUCUGGAUAAGGUUUUAACUGGGUGUCAGCAGUGGCCACCCCACAGUAGCAGGAGAACUAGUAGUAGAACUGAAUGAGCUCAUUGUCCUUUCACACAAAAGUACACUUUUAGUUAGCUUUCUUCAUUUCAGCAGCCGAAUUUAGAUUUUAAACAAAAAUGUGUUUUUGGUACUGUUAACUGAUACUGGGAAACUCUUGUUCAGCUACUGCAAAUCAACCAGUAGAACCAAAUCUACCUUCUGCCGACCCCUGCUUUAAAUAAGUACACUGUUCUAACCUAGAAUUUUCCAUCAUCUUUUGGACACUGCCUUCUCUUUCCUGUAUGUGCCAUUGUUAUUUUCCUUAUUUUACCAUAAGUAUAACUUCCAGCUCACUGAUCAGAAGUAAUGGCAAAUCUCAAUAUCAGAUACAAAUUAGAGAUUUUUAUAUAUAUUAAGCGGUAUAGAAACGGCUUAAAUAAAAAAAUAAAAUAAAAAAAUAAACAAGAGUCGAACACACCUGGUACUUUGACUUGUAAAACCCAAAUUGGUUGAGAGGUUUGUAGGGUUUGAUCAGCUAUGAACACAGCAACUUUGCUCAAAUUUCCAUUCUAGCCAUGUUUUCUCCCUCUCAGACCUGAGUUUUGAGGCUUCAGGACUCUUUGAUUUGCCUCUUCCCUCCCAUCAGAUAUGAGAAGCUGUAUAACUUACAGGAUGAAAUCAUGAAUAAUAUCUAUGGACAAUUUUCUUCUUUACAUUAAGGCACUAGGUCAAUAGCUAAUGCACUUUGAAAUACAGCUUCACGCAUACUUAAGAAAUAUUUUCAGUGUGCUGCUUAGAAUAAUGGUUAUUUUAUACUAUGAUAAGCAAGCUGUUGGUUAUUCUAUGUCUACAUAAAACAUGGAAAUCUUUCACACAAUUAGAGUUGACCAUGGGGGUGGAAUAUGCUCAGGAUAUAAAUAGCUUGGAGAUUUCUGUUUUAUCACAUUGUCAGAAGAGGUAUUCAGCUUCUGGAACGCUGCAAAACUUGUAGCAGGUUGUAUGCAGUCUUCCAUUCAUGACUCCCAUUCAGACUUUCUCAUGGCUUGUUACAGUGUCCCUACAACACCUGUAACGUCUGAAAAGGAAAACUGUGUUGUGCAAGAAGGUGCCCAGACAGCUGCUUUCAGGUUCCAGAUGUGCAUUCACAUAGGUAGGAAAGAGCAGGGGAGAAAGAAUGGAAAGUCAAGUAUGACCCUUUGACUCUUUGAGCCCUCUGCAAGUUGCAUGUAUUUUGUCCUACAGAUAUUAAAGCAGAUGAACUUCUUAGUCAUUUUAACUCUGUGAACUGCACAAUUAGAUGCUUAUGGCUGCAACUCUUCAUCAGUUUUUAAUACUAACAGUGAAUUAAAUUAAAGCACUGUAUCUUACUAAAGUAUCUAAAGUAGCCCUUUAUUUUGAAGCACUUGGUGUUACAAGUCUGAAACUACUUCCUUUUUAAUGCUAUCUUUUUUUGAGGCUUUUGGUCUUGAUGGAUUUAUUUUUUAAAAGAAGAAAGUUGUAAAUUUUUAGAAUAAUGAUACACCUUAAGGCAAUUCCUUGAGGUGUACAGAAGAGCAGUCAGUUUGCAAACCAGGUGCACUUCUUUUUUGCGUUAAUGUAGUCUGGGACACUAUGUAUGUAAGAACUCUACGGUUUGAAGAGUCACAACAUUUCUUGCGUUCACUUUUGUAAAACAUAUGGGGAGCUGUUUGCCUUGUCUUUAAUCUUUACGUUGGAUGUAAAUGAUUCAAUCCUCUGUGCUUGUUUCUUCUGGAAAGCCUUAAGUCCGUCAGAUGUUUUUGUGGAUUGUGUAGUCCAAAAGGCUGCCUGUAAACUGUGAGCUCUUUUGUAAGCUGGAAGCAUCUCUCUUGUUACUGUUAGUUUGUCGUAGGAACUUCUUAAUUCCGAGCUGCCAAAGCAUUACAAUAUGCAGUGCCUUAGUGCUAGAAGUACCUUUUAGCCUAUCAUGCCAAUCUUAUGUAGUCCAUUAAUUGGUUUACUUAAAAGAAAGAAAUCUCCUAGAGAGAAGCCUUUGACUACUUGGUCUAAAACACCUUCCUAUAUAAGUCAGUCCCCAUUACUACAUAGUUGGAAUAUCUAUACCAAAAUGAAAUGUUAACAGUGCUAGAAUUUUCUGCAAAAAGUGAAUUGUAUGAAUAAUGCUGCCUUCUUAAAUUCUCAUGACCAAAUACUUAAACCUUUGUGACUCUCUGCACUCUUGCAUGCAAGUGCCUUUGGUUUUGAAAUUCCAGCUUAGAAAAGUGCUGCCAUAAUAAUUACAAUUUGUAGAGACCAAAAAUAUUUAGAGAUCACCAUAAUGCCUUUGGUUUAUUGGAAACAGUCAAAACUAACAGGCCUCCAUUCUCAAAAGAGUCCUUUUAUAGUAGUGUGCUUUUUGCAAAUCACAAGAGUGCAUCGUGCAGGAAAACUAUUCUACAUGUUAUUCACUGUUUGUCAUUGUUUAUGCAGCAUUGCUGACUUGCAAGGAUAGAAAAGCAGUCAGUAUUUCACCUUUGCCAUGUCUCACUCCAUCCAGUCCUGCAUCUGAGUAAUACGAGUCCAUAUAAAUAGCAGAAGUUCAGGCAAAGGACAAAUGUGACUUUAUUAUUAUUAUUUUAGUAGUUCUAAUCUGUGAAGAUAAUUUUCUACUUUACCUUAAAUUUGCACUUGUUUUGUUUACAAAGUUGGAUGCCUAAAAUUGAAAAUGAAAGUGUAGAACAAAACUGUCCAUUUGACCUGUGCUUUUUAGCACCAAAUUAUUAGGAACGAAUGACAAAUCUCAUUGGAACAACCCUUGGAAUAGCACCAUUCCAAAACUUCCCUAUCUUUGUUGUAUUUUUUUUUUAAAUGUGCCAUUUUAACGCCAUCCAUGAAUUUAGGCAAUGCCAUUUAUUUCAAGAGACAUCAACAACACUGACGUGGAUUCAGAGGGAUACAGCAUAAUUAAAAAUUGAGAACUAAUAGCAGUAAAACCAAAAACUGGCAGAGGGGAUUUGUAGCUGUGAAUACACUUUUGUUUUUAAUAGACAAAAAUAAUUUUUAUUUAAAAUUGAUGUGUGGCACCGAAAGUGGUAAAUAUUUGUGGUUAUACCCCUCCCUAUUUCUUAAACUUGUAUUUUGUUUAUUCCUCAAAGAUCCAAAUCUCUCUGUCUUCACAUUUUAAUCUAGUAAGGAUUGCUUGGCCUCAAAAACAGACUGGCAUUGUUCACAUGUAACACUAAGACAAACUGUGGCUAGCCUGAAUGAGCAAGUGGGCUGGUGCACAGUAAGAAAAUUGUGGCCGCUUUGCUCCUGCCUCACUCCUGCUGUGCUACCAGGAGCUAAGCAAUAUUGGACUUUGCAUAACCUGUGACACCAAGCUUGUGGUUUGUCUUCCCCCCUCAAACAAACCAUGAGUGGUAAACCAAGAACAAACCUUACAGCUUGUAGUUUGCUUGGAGCAAGACAAAACGUGAGAUCAGGUUCACACAUAAUGUUUAGCCAUGGCUUAGCCCCCGGUAGGGCAGCAGCAGCAGAACCAGGGGAGAAGCGAAGCAGCCAUUAUUUUCUUACUUUGCAACAAAUUGCUUGCUCUUAUGUGUGUGAAUGAGGCCAAUAUAGAUCUACAACUAUUGAAUAUAUCUGCUGUAACAGAUAUAGGUAAGCAAGUGGCUGGAGUAUUUUUUUUAUUUUUGCCAAGGAAUCAUUUUAUUUAUUGUCUUGUGUACAAAAUUGGAAAAAUUAAUGGUACAAUUUAUGGCAGUUGAAACAUAGCUUACUUUACAAAUGUAAUGUUGUACUUACUUGAAUUCUAGAAUGGUUUUAUUUAGGUACUGUACCACUAUUCUGAAUAAUUUGCAACUUUGAUAUCUAUUUUCCCACGUUUUACCAAUGCUAGAGCCCAUUCAGUUUGACACUGAACUCAGCCUUCCUGUUUUGUCACCUUCAAGUAACAGAGCAAGCUAUUACACUGAAUGGAAGUCUGCUUGCAGUACUUGAAAUGCUGAAAGCAGUAUACUUUGUUUCCUUGAUCUAAUUCCUAGGGCAUUCUUACUUCUCUAUGGCUCAAUUUGGACAUCAAGCCAAACCGUGGCUAAGGAUGCUUAACUAUGGUUUAGUGUGGUGUCUAUUGGGCAAGGCUUUAUUAAUUUAAUCUAGUAGUAAAGCAGAAUCAGAAACCAUGGUUCUGAGUGGUUUGGAUUCAUAUUUUCUGCUAUCUAUGGUUUGAUCACAUGUCUGAAUUGAGAAACUAUAGUUAUGAGCAUUGCUCAGCUUCCAAAAGCUGUUGCAUCAUGGCAAUGGGAGAGAACUCAUGAAACUGAAUGCUCAGAGGUGGAAAAUGAAAGCAAGCAAGUAGUUCAGAACCAUGGUUUGUUUGUUGUACUCUGAAUAAUAGUAAGCACAAACCAUUCUUUGGGAGGUCUUUUGACAAUUUAGAAUCAUUCAGUUACAGAGCAAUGCUUUGUCAUUUAACAUUGCCCACUUCAUCAACACAUAUCGUUCAACAUAUGGUUCUUUUACUACAUUCACUGUCCGUGGCUGCUGUUGAUAAUCCUUUCUGUUUGCUUGCAGUCCAUCCCACAGAGAGUAACACUCCUUUGUCUCUGCCAUGUAUGGCGUUCUAAAUGUAUACACUGCUUGCACACCAGUGGGAUAUAACCUUGACCGCCCCCUGAGCAUUGCAUGCUUUGGGACCACAGCACAUGGCAAAGCAUUUAAACAUUGCUCCCUGCCACAUUGAUCAUCAGUAUGGAGUAGAGAAGGGUCUGAGUUCAGACACUGUAGAGAGCAAGUAAUGUGUAAACUGGUCCUCAUUUCAGUCCUUACUCAGGUUGAUUUUCUCUAAUCUGUUCCUUUACUUUCUCCCAGCCAUCCCCCCUGAAAAGAAAUAUUGGAUAAUUUCACAUAUAAAGAAGUUUGGAAGUGUUGAUCUCUAGCUUAGGAAGUUGCUCUGGCUGUGAGAUAUUUUUAAAAAAUCAAUUCCACUGUGUCAGUUAACUCUUAAAUGCACUCAGUUCAUAGAGAGCAUAUGCCUCCUUACAAAGUAGUUUUGUUUUUGUUUUGCAUUUUGUUUUUGUGUUCUUGAUUUCAAAUGGGCCUCUACUUCAGGCUCAUGACUGCAGAAAAAACAACAAUAUGUGCCUGAAAAAGACAAAAUAAUUGUAUAACAGUUUUAAAAACCUGAAUAGCCUUUAAUUCUUUAAUAUCAGUACAUUUUAUGUAAAACAGAUUUCUUUUUGUUUUGUUUUUAUUUGCCACAUGCAUUUGUUCACAUUGUAAAUGACUUAAUGGAAUUCUCACUUUGUUUAUUUGUGUAAUGUGUAUAAACUGGGUUUGUGACUUAAGCAUAUUCAUAUAUGGUCAGUGGUUACUUUAAUAUUGUACUGCUGCUGGUUAUUUUUUUGGGGGGGUUGUAGAAUCUGCCUUUGGAUGACAAAGUACCUCCUGCUUAGACAUGGAGGGAAAGCUCUCUCUUUUUUUUUUUUAGAAAAAAAUGGAACUUUUCAAAUCUUGUCUUAACAUAUUUUGAAGUUUUCAGAAUGAGUUUCAAUCAAACCUUUUGGCAGUACAGUAUUCUUGUAUUUGUUGUUGUCUGUGUGUAGGUACUGGUACCUUCUUUGUUUUUAAAAAUGUUUUAAGUGUUGGCUUUAAAGUGAAUUUAUCUUUAGUAUGAUAGUAAUAUGAAAAUUAUAGGGUUUGUGUGCAGAGAAUUUUUUUAUAAAAGUGCUUUGUAAAAAAAAAAAGUAUUCUAGCUUUCGCGGUACAUAUGUGUGAUAACUUUAAUAUCCAUGACAGUUAAGUGCAAUUAUUUCAUCACUCUAAAAAUGCUAUUUUUGUGUCGGUUACUGCAGGUGUUCCAUGUCUUUGCAAAGUGACACUUUUUGAUGCCUUCUUGAUAAAGUGGUAGAAUUUUUUGUAGCUUUCUAGAAACUUUGUAUUCAUACAGUAUCGAUUGAAAAUAAAGAA